AUGGGUAACCCCAAGCCAAAUUGCCCUUCCUUCUUCAAGAGAAUCCCAUCUGAAUUCAAGAAGCAUCUUGGAGAAUCAAUCACACAAAGAUCGGUGGUCAUCCGGAACUCUGGAGGCCGGCAAUGGAGGAUCAAGAUGGGCAUUGCUGAUGGGCAUGUCUACUUUCAAAAUGGAUGGGAGAGGUUCAUCUGUGCCAAUUCCAUUACCCAAGGGGAUUUUUUGGUUUUCUUUUAUGACGGUAAAUUCGGUUUUGAUGUAAUCAUUUAUGGAGCUACUUGUUGUGAGAAAGAAGCAUGUGUCGAUGUUCCUAGUGAGAAAGUGACAAUUAAAGUAGAAUCCGAGGGUUCUGGUGAAGAACAAAUUGUGUCACCAAACAUCCUUAUAUUAUCAGGUCCCCUUCUACGAACUCUGUGUCUGAAGUAG